AUGGUCAUCACAAAGGAGCCUCUCACACCCGACGGCAGCUCGCUAGACACUCCCCCCUCGUACGACAGUCUCAGUACAUCGUCCUCUCGCCCAACAGGCGACCAAAAGCGCCCUAUUCCCCCCUGGCCUCCGAACUCCCAAAGUGCACAGGCUGGAUCUAGCCACUAUUCUCUGCCUAGCCCACCGAGUAGGGAUGGACCUGCAUCGGCUAAGUGGAGUCCUUUGACUCCCGAGUAUUGGAGGCGGAGGCGAGAGGAGGAUGAGAUCAGACGGACUGUGAGGGAUCUCUUGAAAGACGUGAUCCACAACCUGUCCGACCCUUCAUCUCUGGACGUCUUGCAUAGCUCCUACGUCGCCUGUGCCUCGCACGGCAUCUCCUUCCCUUCCCUCUCUCAAGAGCUUAUCGAGUCCCACCCUCCGCUCUACUGGGCCGUUCUCACCCUCUCACCCCUAGCGCGUGCUCUUCCAGGUGGCCAACUCGCCUCCUCUCCUCCCCCCGACGGCUGGUCAGCACUAGACCUCCUCACCGCCUUCCCGCUCAAAGGAGAGACGCAGAGGGAAGCAAUCGCCGCCUGCGUACUGGGGGACGAUAACGCGCUCUUCCAAUACCUCCGUGCGAGCGAGGGGUUCGCACCCCAAGGACUGGCGGAGAGCAUCAUCUCCCGCCCCGGGGAAGAAGGACGUGCGAGAGCGGUGGAUUUCGUACAUGUUGAGCAUGUGCCUGAUGGGCAGGCGGGACACUUUAAGAUCAGGUUCAAGUGCAGGGACUGGUUGAGGCGGAUGAGGAUGCACAAGAAGAUCGUCAUGCGGUGGAUUGCCAGAGGACGCGCAUGGCAGCUUGUCUUCGGCAUGGCGGACGGGUCGCAGCCUGUAUCUCAGGGUAACUGGUACUGCGCCAUCGCCCUCGUCCGCGGUACAGGGUCAAACAACGCUCCCCUGACAGCCCAGAUCCAGAUCGGCAACACCGACCCUCUCCCCCCUACCGACCGUCUGACUCCUGGCACCUUCCCCCCACCCACCUCGGCCAGCGACAGCCCGGAACGGAAGACCGUCACGCUCAAACUGCAGCACCGGGAUCUGAGAGACGACUACGAGUACCACUACUGUGUUAAGCUGUCUGACUUCCCGGGCGCGGCGAGCUUGGAAUACGAGGACUCGCCGUUCAUCGAGCCCGAUGGGAGCGUGUGCAUGCAGGGCGAUUUUGUGCUAGAGAAGAGCUAG